GGAGGUAGGUCAACAUCAGAUUACAGACCAGAUGGAGGAGGAGGAGGAGGAGGAGGCUGGGAGCUCAACAGAGACUGAGAGACCCUCCUCUUCUCACACCAAGAGGAAGCCUGCUGCCGCAGCCAAGCAAGUUGGAGGGAAUGAGUCCGACACCUCGGACGAGAGUGGACAGGAAGAUGGCGCCUCAGAUGGGAUGUUGGUUGUGCAGCCUCCCGCUGGGACUGACAACAAGGAGGACAAGAGCAGAGGAGCCAUGAAGCUCCGAGUGGACCUCUCACGGAGAAAGACAGGUAAAAUGAGCAAGGCCUCAGCUGAAUCUACAGACCAAGUGAUGGAGGAGGAAGUAGGUCCGCCUCCGAUUACAGACCAGAUGGAGGAGGAGGAGGAGGCUGGGAGCUCAACAGAGACUGAGAGACCCUCCUCUUCUCACACCAAGAGGAAGCCUGCUGCCGCAGCCAAGCAAGUUGGAGGGAAUGAGUCCGACACCUCGGACGAGAGUGGACAGGAAGAUGGCGCCUCAGAUGGGAUGUUGGUUGUGCAGCCUCCCGCUGGGACUGACAACAAGGAGGACAAGAGCAGAGGAGCCAUGAAGCUCCGAGUGGACCUCUCACGGAGAAAGACAGAUACCACUCUGCAGGAGAGAAUAGACUGCACCGCCUGUGGACAGCAGGUCAACCACUUCCAGCGCCACUCAGUGUUUGAGCACCCCAUGCUCCAUGUGCUCCUCUGCAAGUCGUGCUAUAAGUAUUACACCAGCGAUGACAUCAACAAAGACGAGGACGGCAUGGACGAACAGUGCAGGUGGUGUGCUGAAGGGGGCAACCUGAUCUGCUGUGACUACUGCCACAACGCCUUCUGUAAGAAGUGUAUCCUGCGUAACCUGGGGCGCAAGGAGCUGUCCAUGAUCACCGACGACGACAGUAAAUGGUCCUGCUAUAUCUGCAGCCCUCAGCCCCUCUCAGACAUCGCCUCCAACUGCUCCAACAUCAUGACCAAGCUGGAGAGCUUCUGGCGUACGGGACGCAAGAAAGAGAGGGAGGUGAAAGGGCACAGUAAGGGUAAAGGUCACCACCACCAUGGUAAAGCUGUGGUGAACGGUAAGGAGCAUUCAGACGGGUCAGGGACCCUCACCUUCUCCUAUAAGACCCUGAAAGUCCCCAAGGAGCUGGUGAAGAGGACCAAGAAGCUGAUUGAGACGACCACAGGGCUCAACAACACCUUCAUCCAUUUCAUCCAGCAGGCUGAGGAGGAGCAGGGAGCAGGAGGAGGUGGCAGCGGGACCAGACACAGACACCUCAAGGCCUUCAGGUCUGUUCUGGCUGACCUGAAGAAGGCCCACGCUGCCCUAGAGAAGGACUUGGAGUCACAGUUCACUUCCCAGGGCCAGGGGAUGCAGAACGGGGAUGCUGUCUCCAACACCGACGGCCAUGAUCAGAUAGGCAAUGGGCAAGAGGCAGAAGAGGACAAAAUGGCCGACACGGAGGAUGGGGGUGUGUCAGAGGACACAGAGCUGGAAGGGAGCCCCACCCCCACGCCUCAGGACCACUCAGAGACAGACAGCCAGGCUAAAGACCAGACAGCGGUGAAAAUGGAGGAGGAGGAGGAGGAUGGAACAGAGGAAGAGGCUGACCGGGAUAAAGACAUCGUGUCCGUCGGGCCGUCCGUCCCUGACGAGCUCUUCCAGAUGGUCAAGAGUCUAGCGGACUCCACAGGGUUAACGCCCGGUAACGACGCCACGGAACUCACAGCGGCUAGCCAAUCAGAGAACCCCGCCGCUGGCUCAACCAGGAAGUCACAUGAUACCCAGAAGGAGAAGGCCAUGCCCAAGGUUAAGAACCUGAUCCUGAAACUGACGCCUGUUCCCAUGGUUACCACACGCGCCUCCAGGUCUAAGAGCAAUGAUAAGGAUGGAGGGAAGGAGAGGAGUAAGGAUGGAGGGAAGGAGAGGAGUAAGGAUGGAGGGAAGGAGAGGAGUAAGGAUGGAGGGAAGGAGAGGAGUAAGGAUGGAGGGAAGGAGAGGAUUAAGGAUGGAGGGAAGGAGAGGAUUAAGGAUGGAGGGAAGGAGAGGAGUAAGGAUGGAGGGAAGGAGAGGAGUAAGGAUGGAGGGAAGGAGAGGAUUAAGGAUGGAGGGGAGGAGAAGGAGAGGAGUAAGGAUGGAGGGAAGGAGAGGAGUAAGGAUGGAGGGAAGGAGAGGAGUAAGGAUGGAGGGAAGGAGACGAGUAAGGAUGGAGGGGAGGAGAAGGAGAGGAGUAAGGUUGGAGGGGAGGAGACGAUUAAGGAUGGAGGGGAGGAGAAGGAGAAGAGUAAGGAUGGCGGGAAGGAGAGGAGUAAGGAUGGCGGGAAGGAGAGGAGUAAGGAUGGAGGGGAGGAGAGGAGUAAGGAUGGAGGGAAGGAGAGGAGUAAGGAUGGAGGGAAGGAGAGGAGUAAGGAUGGCGGGAAGGAGAGGAGUAAGGAUGGCGGGAAGGAGAGGAGUAAGGAUGGAGGGAAGGAGAAGGAGAGGAUUAAGGAUGGAGGGAAGGAGAGGAGUAAGGAUGGCGGGAAGGAGAGGAGUAAGGAUGGCGGGAAGGAGAGGAGUAAGGAUGGCGGGAAGGAGAGGAGUAAGGAUGGCGGGAAGGAGAGGAGUAAGGAUGGAGGGAAGGAGAAGGAGAGGAUUAAGGAUGGAGGGAAGGAGAGGAGUAAGGAUGGAGGGAAGGAGAAGGAGAGGAGUAAGGAUGGAGGGAAGGAGAGGAGUAAGGAUGGAGGGAAGAAGGAGAGGAGUAAGGAUGAGGGUAAGGAGGUGGAGGGAGGUGGGGCCUCCGAGGAGGACAGCCGAUGCUCUAGCCGCACAAAGACCACACCCCUCAGGAAGUCAUCGGAGGGGAAAAACAAGAUGUCUGCCUCCUCUCAGGAGAACAGCGACUCAGAAGGCGAGGAGAAGAGCCCCAGCAAGCUGAAGAGGAGAACCGUGGGCAGCUCCGAGAAGAAACGGGGGAACGAGGAGGAGAAGGAAGGGAAAGAGAGCAAGGUCUCCUCCAUGCUGACCUCUGACCCUUCUAAACAGGACGUGGACUCCGAUUCUGACGAGGUUCCAGACAUCCUGGUCCAGACUGCAGCGGCGGAACACAGCUCGGACGAGGAUGUGCAGCAGGACGCCGACAGUAACCAGGGCAACAAGCGCGUCAAGAAGUGCCUGUUCAAACUCAGCAAGAAAGACGGGGAGGAUGAGGAGGAUGAGGUGGUGGAGGAGGAGGUGGGAGAGGAGGAUGAGGUGGUGGGAGAGGAGGAUGAGGUGGUGGGAGAGGAGGAUGAGGUGGUGGGAGAGGAGGAUGAGGUGGAGGAGGAGGAGGUGGGAGAGGAGGAUGAGGUGGAGGUUGGAGAGGAGGAGGGAGAGGAGGUUGGAGAGGAGGAGGGAGAGGAGGUUGGAGAGAAGGAGGGAGAGAAUGACAAGGAGAAGACUGACAAGAAGCCGGCAACCAAACGCAAACUGAAAGCCGACGACUCCGACAACUCAGAGUCUGACUCCGAUGAAUACGCGAAGAAGAAAAAGAAGUCCUCCACGGCUUCUGCCAAAAAGACAUCCAAGAAGAAGAAGAAGAACUCGGGCGGCUCCUCUAACUCCGACUCUGACCUGGAAAAGGAGAUGAAGGGACUCAGCAAACUGGGGCCGGGGAAACGGAGGAGCAGCCGCGUGAAGAAAGAAAGAAAGGAGAAGGAGAACAAGGGCGGGGAUCGGAGGCGGUCGUACGAACUGAAACGCAAAGCCAGAGGUCGAGGAGCCAAGCAACAAGAUUCAUCGUCUGAUGACAUGGAGGAGGAAGAGGAGGAGGAGGGAGGAGGGUCUGGAGAGGAGAGUGGAGACCAGCAGAAGAUUAAACCCAUCGUGGAGGAGACGGUGGUAGCAGGGAGGGGAACCUUCCACCAGUCCUCAGGAGAAGAAGGUAACCAGGACGCUUCUCAGAUGGCUGUUGAUGAUGAUGAUGAUGAUCCAGAGAACAGAAUUGCCAAGAAGAUGCUGCUGGCCCAGAUCAAGGCCAACUAUUCUUCAGGAGCGGAGGAGAGCUCUGACGAGGACGGAGACGAGAAGGAACAGAGGAAGGGAGGAGAGGAGGAGGAGGAGGAGGAGGCAGAUGACAACGAUGAGGAGGAGGAGGAGGAGGAAGGGGACUCUGGCUCUGACGUGGAUGUGAAGAAGAGUGGGGGGCGUCGCCACCGGCUGCUCCGCCACAAACUGACGCUGAGCGAGGGAGAGUCAGGAGAGGAGAAGGAGAAACCAGCCAGCAAGGGGAAGAAGGAGACCAAGAGGACCAGACGGAAAGUGGGUAGUGAUGACUCAGCAGACUUAGACUCUGAGGAGUCCGCUAGCAGCAGUGAGUCAGGAGUUAGUGAAGAGAUCAGUGAGGAGUCAGAGGAGUCAGAGGAGGAGUCAGAGGAGGGCAGCAGUCGCAGGAGGACCACACGCUCCUCCAAGAAGAAGAAGAAGAAGAAGGAGGAGAGGAGCUACGCCCAGAAGAAGAAACGACGCCGCAUCAAGGUCCAGGACUCUUCAUCCGACGAGAAGAGCGGGUCAGGAGAGGACGGCUCGGGGAAGGAGGAUGGAGACACACCUAAAGGACAGAGGAAGAAGAUCAGAAAAAUCCUCAAGGACGACAAGCUGAGGACGGAAACGAGGGAUGCCCUGAAGGAGGAGGAGGAGAGGAGGAGACGCAUCUCGGAGAGGGAGCAGCUCAGGGAGAAACUCAGAGAGACUCUAUAUGUCCCUCCCGACCAGGUACUCGUGGUGGAGGAGGCGUCCGCCGUGGCUUGUCCAAUCACAACCAAGCUGGUGCUGGAUGAGGACGAGGAGACCAAGGAGCCCAUGGUGCAGGUCCACCGCAAUCUGGUCACUAAACUCAAACCACACCAGGUCGACGGGGUCCAGUUCAUGUGGGACUGCUGUUGUGAGUCGGUGAAGAAAACCAACAAGAACUCUGGUUCUGGAUGUAUCCUGGCUCACUGUAUGGGCCUGGGGAAAACACUGCAGGUGGUAACCCUACUCCACACACUACUGCUGUGUGAAAAGUUAGACUUCUCCACGGCUCUGAUCGUCUGUCCUCUCAACACGGUGCUCAACUGGCUCAAUGAGUUUGAGAAGUGGCAGUACGGCUUCAAGGAUGAGGAGAGUUUAGAGGUGACGGAGCUGGCCACGGUGAAGCGACCUCAGGAGAGAGCGGCUGCUCUGCAGCAGUGGCAGGAGGAUGGAGGGAUCAUGAUCAUUGGCUAUGAGAUGUACCGUAACCUCACACAGGGUAGAAACAUCAAGAGCAAGAAACUCAAAGAGACCUUCCAGAAGACCCUGGUUGACCCAGGCCCAGACUUUGUGAUCUGUGAUGAGGGCCACAUCUUGAAGAACGAGGCGUCGGCCAUCUCUAAAGCCAUGAACUCCAUCAAGACCCGACGGAGAGUGGUGCUCACCGGCACACCGCUGCAGAACAACCUCAUAGAGUACCACUGCAUGGUGAACUUCAUCAAGGAGAACCUGCUGGGGUCAGUGAAGGAGUUCAGGAACCGCUUCGUCAACCCCAUCCAGAACGGGCAGGCAGCAGACUCCACGGACCAGGACGUACGGAUCAUGAAGAAGAGGGCUCACAUCCUCUACGAGAUGCUCAACGGAUGUGUACAGAGAAGAGACUACUCUGCCCUGACCAAGUUCCUGCCUCCUAAACAUGAGUACGUUGUGUCCGUCAGAGUCACACCCAUCCAGUGUACUCUAUACCGACACUACCUGGAGCACCUAACAGGUGCGGGGAACGCGGUGGAGGGGGGUCGGGGUCGAGCCGGCACCAAACUGUUCCAGGACUUCCAGAUGCUCAGCAGAAUCUGGACCCAUCCCUGGUGCCUGCAGCUGGACUACAUCAGCAAGGAAAACAAGGGGUACUUUGACGAAGACAGCAUGGAAGAGUUCAUCGCCUCGGAGACCGAUGAGUCUUCUAUGAGCAUGACCUCUGAAGACGAGAAGCAGAAAAAGAAGAAGAAGCGGGGGAAAGCCAGGAAGAAGGACAGCGACUCAGACAGUGAUGCUCUGGAGGUGAUAAAGGAAUGGAACACCAGCUCCCGCGGAGGAGACCCUUCCAGCCGCAACCGGGCGGAGCCAGAGGAGGAAGUGCGUCCAGCCUCCAGCCCUGGCACCAGGAGUCCCGACUGGCACAAAGAGUUUGUUACGGAGGCCGACUCUGAGAUCCUGGAGCAUUCUGGGAAGAUGGUGCUGCUGUUUGAGAUCCUCCGUAUGGCCGAGGAGGUGGAGGACAAAGUUCUGGUGUUCAGUCAGUCUCUGAUCUCUCUGGACCUGAUUGAAGAUUUCCUGGAGCUGGCUGGCCGAGCCAAAGAGGAAGAGAAACAGUCUCCCUACAAAGGUGAGGGGAAGUGGUUCCGGAACAUAGACUACUACCGCUUGGACGGCUCCACCAACGCCCUGAACCGGAAGAAGUGGGCAGAGGAGUUCAAUGACUACAGCAACGUCCGAGGUCGGUUGUUCCUGAUCUCGACCAGGGCUGGUUCUCUGGGCAUCAACCUGAUAGGAGCUAACCGGGUCAUCAUCUUUGACGCGUCCUGGAACCCGUCGUACGACAUCCAGAGUAUCUUCAGGCUCUACCGCUUCGGACAGCUCAAGACCUGCUACGUCUACCGAUUCCUGGCUCAGGGUACUAUGGAAGAGAAGAUCUAUGACCGCCAGGUGGCUAAACAGUCUCUCUCCUUCCGAGUGGUGGAUCAACAGCAGAUCGAGAGACAUUUCACCAUGAAUGAGCUGACCGAGCUCUACGCCUUUGAACCUGACCUUCUGGAUGAUCCCACUGGCAAGAAGAGCAAGAGGACCACUCCUAUGCUACCAAAGGACCCCUUCCUAGCUGAGCUGCUCCACAGCAAUAAGGAGCAGAUUGUGGGCUAUCAUGAACACGACUCCCUGCUGGAUCACAAGGAAGAGGAGGCUCUCAGCGAAGAGGACCGCAAAGCAGCCUGGGCCGAGUACGAGGCGGAGAAAAAGGGUCUGUCUAUGCGUGUGAACCAUGGAGCGUACGGAGGACAGAUGGACAUGGGAGGAGCUAACAGCUACUUCCCCUUCAACGUUGCCGCACUGGCCUCUAUGUCCAACCCCCAGCUGGAGGAGUUGAUCAACCAGGGCCGUCAAAAGGUGAUGGAGGCCACCAACUCUCUCAAGUUCCUCCCCAGAGAAUCUCUAGAGGACACCAUCGGGAGAGUGUGGAAGGAGAACCCGGCCCUAACGGAGGCCCAGGUCCAGGCCAUGGCUCUGGGGAGACAGGCCAGUGUAGAGAUGGAACUCAAACGAAGAGAAGCUGUCUACAGAGACGUCCUCAAUAAGCAACAGACUCUGAUGAUGUACGUUCAGAAGGUGAUCACCAACAGGAAGGUGAGAGAGCAGCAGAUGGCCAUGGCCAACCAGGCCCAGCUGAUGAGCCAGAUGAACGGCAUGCUGGGAGCUGGAGGGAUGAGCCAGAUGGAACUCUUGGGGUUGUACCAACAGCUGGGGGCGCUACAGGGUCAUCCCACGCACCCCUCCAUGGGCGGCAAGAACCCCGGCCCCUCCAAGGGCAACCUGUAAGGGGAGGUGGGACCAGGGCGUGCCCUACAUAGUCCCCUAUCUAUUCUCUACGUAGUGCACUAUCCACUAUUCAUAUUGGCUCUGGUCAAAAGUAGUGCACUAUUUAGGCAAUAGGGUAUCAUUUGGGACUCAGACCCACUCACUCCCCCCUCACUGUCUCACUCAGUAGGCUGCUCCCUAAUGCUGCUUCGUCUCCUAUGUAGUGCACUAGAUGGAGCCCGGUGCCCUAGGGUUUUGGUUAGAAGUAGUGCACUACGUUAGGGGAUAUAGGGGUGUGUUCUGGGACGUUACCCGUUGUCUACGACCCUUCUUCACUGGGGAGAGACGACACAGAGAGAAGGGUCCCCUCACCUCUCCCUCCUGUCUCCUGAAGAAGCAGGGAAUGAAAUGACUUGUAUAGGGACUAUAUGAAGAGGUUUUAGAAAUGUCAUAUGAAAUGGUGUACAUACCGCCUUAAUGUUAUUCAAGUUCUGUCUUCAGUUUUCAUGUAUUUAAAAUAACGUAAGGAAAAGGGAACUGUUUUUGUCCCAAUGCUUUUAAGCAUUACCUUAUUGUUUCCCCUUAAAGAAGGGUUUGAUUAAUAGAUGAUUCUGUAAGUUGUGUUUUGAUACAGUUUUAAUGAACGUCUGUCUAAAGACCCCCAGAGACCGUAGUGCUGACUAACGGGGGACUGUUUUAGG